AUGAUUCAAAUAGUUUGAGCUGCUUGAAAUAAUAUGUUGAAGAUAAAUGCCAAGAGGAUAGCAUAUAUUAUGCUUGCUUCUAUUCUCCGCGAGUGUGCACAAAAUUUGUUUAGAUAUUAUGAGCUGGCUCUUGAAAUAAAAAGGAAUGUUGAAAUGGAAGAGGAUUGAAUAAAUGAAUUGAAUAAGCUUCGAUUAAAAUUUAAAAUCGACUUAACCUAA